AGUCCUGGUUCCUGUUUCGUCAUUAGAAAGGGCCAUCGGACUCGAACUUCCUUAUUCUUCCUUCAAACUUCACUCCUCAAAUGUAUGCAGUUGUCCUGCUCAGCGCUGCAUCUGGAUUUCUGAGAUGGAGUUCGGUGCAGGGACCAGCGCCUUCUUUCAGUUUUCAGAACAUCUGACUCUGCCAAUGGAAAAUGACAACUGCAUCUACCACUGUCUGUCACAUGUGGUAUCACCGCCAUCCAGGCAGUAAUCUGUCAAGGAAAUGCUGUCAUUCAGGGAUGUGGCCAUUGAUUUCUCUGCAGAGGAGUGGGAAUGCCUGGAGCCUGCUCAGUGGAAUCUGUACAGGGACGUGAUGCUCGAGAACUACAGCAACCUUGUGUUCCUGGGUCUUGCUUCGUGUAAGCCACAUCUGAUCACAUGUCUGGAGCAAAUACAAGAGCCUUCAGAUGUGAAAAGAGGAGCAGCUACCUCUAUGCUCCGGGGAGAAAAAUGUUAUACGUGCAAAGAGUGUGGCAAAGUUUUUGAGUGGACCAAAGUGUUCCAAAAUCAUGAGAUGCUUUAUAUAGGAAUGAAUCCCAACAAGUGUGAAGAAUGUGCCAGGUCCUUCCAUAGUCCAUCAUUAAGUUCUGAAGAGAACAGAAUUCAUACAGGAGAAAAACCUUACAAAUGUGAAGUUUGUGGCAAGGCCUUCUGCAUUCCAUUAUUACUUUCUAAACACAAGAGAGUUCAUACAGGAGAGAAUCUCUACAAGUGUGAAGUGUGUGGCAAGGCCUUCCAACAUCCAUCAAGACUUUCCAGACAUAAGAAGAUUCAUUCAGAAGAGAAACCAUACAAGUGUGAAGUAUGUGGAAAGGCCUUCCACUUUCCAUCAUUACUUUUGGUACACAAGAGAGUUCAUACAGGAGAGAAACCAUACAAAUGUGAAAUAUGUGACAAAGCCUUCCAUUAUCCAUCAAUACUCUCUAAACACAAGCGAAUUCAUACAGGAGAGAAACCAUACAAAUGUGAAGAAUGUGGCAAGGCCUUCCACAUUUCAUCAUUUCUUUCUAAACACAAAAUAAUUCAUAGAGGAGAAAAACCCUACAAGUGUGAGGUAUGUGGCAAGGCCUUCCAUUAUCCAUCAAGACUUUCCAACCAUAAGAAAAUCCAUUCAGGAGAGAAACCAUUCAAGUGUGAAGUAUGUGGGAAGGCCUUCCGCAUUUUAUCACUCCUUUCUAAGCACAAGAUAAUUCAUACAGAAGAGAAUCCUUACAAGUGUGAAGUAUGUGGCAAGGCUUUCGAUUAUCCCUCAAGACUUUCUACCCAUGCAAAAAUGCAUACAGGAGAGAAACCAUACAAGUGUGAAGUAUGUCAAAAGGCUUUUCGUUCUCUGUCAUCACUUUCUAAACACAAGAGAAUUCAUACAGAAGAUAAUUAUUAUAACAAUGAAUUAUGUGGCAAGGCCUUCAUUUAUCCUUCAAGACUCUCUAAACAUAAGAGAAUUUGUGCAGGAGAGAAGCCCUACAAGUGUGAAGUAUGUGGCAAGGCCUUCCAUGUUUCAUCACUGCUUUCUAAACACAGGACAAUUCAUACAGGAGAAAAACUCUAUAAGUGUGAAGUAUGUGGGAAGGCCUUUUAUUAUCCAUCAAGACUUUCCAACCAUAAGAAAAUUCAUACAGGAGAGAAACCAUUCCAGUGUGAAGUAUGUGGGAAGGCCUUCUGUUUUCCUUCAUCACUAUCUAAACACAAGAGAAUUCACACAGGAGAGAAACCAUACAAAUGUAAAGAGUGUGGAAAGGCCUUCCGCUCUCUGUCCUCACUUUCUAAACACAAGAGAAUUCACACAGGAGAGAAACCCUACAAGUGUGAAGAAUGUGGCAAGGCCUUCCAUUAUCCAUCAUUACUUUCUAAACACAAGAUAAUUCAUACAGAAGAAAAACCUUACAAGUGUGACGUAUGUGGCCAGGCAUUCCAUGUUCCAUCAAAACUUUCUCAUCACAAGAUAAUUCAUACAGGAGAAAAACCCUACAAGUGUGAAGUGUGUGGCAAGGCCUUCUGCAUUCCAUUAUUACUUUCUAAACACAAGAGAGUUCAUACAGGAGAGAAUCCCUAUAACAGUCAAGUAUGUAGCAAGGCCUUCGUUUAUCCUUCAAAACUUUCUAAGCAUAAGAAAGUUCGUACAAAAGAGAAACCAUACAAGUGUGAAGUAUGUGGAAAGGCCUUCCGCUUUCCAUCAUUACUACUAAUACACAAGGGAAUGCAUACUGGAGAAAAACCCUACAAGUGUGAAGAUUGUGGCAAGGCCUUCCAUUAUCCAUCACUACUUUCUAAACACAAGCGAAUUCAUACAGGAGAAAAGCCAUACCAGUGUGAAGUGUGUGGCAAGGACUUCCAUGUUUCAUCAUCACUAUCUAAACACAGGAUAAUUCAUACAGGAGAGAAGCCAUACAAGUGUGAAAUAUGUGGGAAGACCUUCCGCUUUUCAUCAUCACUAUCUAAACACAAGAGAAAUCAUACAGGAAAGAAACCCUACAAGUGUGAAGAAUGUGGCAAGGCCUUCCAUUUUCCAUCAAUACUUGCAAAACACAAGAUAAGUCACACUGGAGAGAAACCCUACAAUUGUGACUUAUGUGGCAAGGCCUUCCAUUAUGCAUCAUUACUUUCUAAACAUAAGAUGAUUCAUACAGGAGAAAAACCCCACAAGUGUGAUAUAUGUGGCAAGGCCUUCCAUUAUCCUUCAAAACUUUCCAACCAUAAGAAAAUUCAUACAGGAGAGAAACCCUACAAGUGUGAAGUAUGUGGGAAUGUCUUCUGUUUUGCAUCUUCACUUUCUAAACACAAGAGAAUUCACACAGGAGAGAAUCCGUACAAGUGUGAAGUGUGUGGCAAAGCCUUCUAUUAUCCAUCAUUACUUUCUAAACACAAGAUCAUUCAUACAGGAGAGAAACCCUACAAGUGUGACUUAUGUGGCAAGGCCUUCCAUUAUCCAUCAUUACUUUCUAAACACAAGGUAAUUCAUACAGGAAAAAAACCCUACAAGUGUGAAGUGUGUGGCAAAGCCUUCCAUUAUCCCUCACGACUUUCCAAGCAUAAGAAAAUUCAUGGGGCUGGAGACAUGGCUCAGCAGUUAAGAGAUCUGGCUGCAAUUUCAAUUGUGCUGUCCUGAGUUCAAUUCCCGGCAACCACAUGCAGGCUCACAACCAUGAAUGAUGGAAUCUGUUUCCCUAUUCUGGUAUGCAGGUGUACAUGCAGUUAGAGCACUCAUGUACAUAAAAUAAAUAAGUUAUUUUUAAAAUUGAUGGUAUGUUGCCUGGUGCCCAAAAAAUAAAAAAUACCAUAGAGAAACCAACCCUACUAGCGUGAAGCAUGUGGCAAGGACUUCCAAUCACAAGAGAAAUCAUAUGGGAGACAAACCCUCCAAUUAUGAAGUAUGUAGCCUGCUCCUCUAUUGUCCAUAAUUACUUUCUGAACACAAGAGAAAACACACAGGUUAAAACCCUACAAUUGUUAAGUGCAAGUCAACUUCUUUAGAAUUUGCCAGAUUUUUUCUACUCGUUUAAUGUGGAAAAGCCUUUUCUAUAAAUAUACACCAGUGUUUACACACGUUAACUCAUAAUGUGGUGACAUUUACAAAUACAAAGAAUAUGUACAAACAAGUGUUCAACACAAACUUUAGGGAUCAUCAAAAAUUCAUUUUGGAGAGAAAACAUACAAACCUAAAGAAUGUGGCAAAUACAUCAGAAGUUCCAAAGCAUGAUCUGAACACCGGAUAAUUCCUACUGGAGAGAAACAUUAUAAUUGUGGAGAAUGUGGCAAAACCUAUUACCAGUCUUCUGGUCUUAAACAACAUUCAAGAAUUCAUCUAUGAGAGAAACCACACAAGUGUGAAGAAUGUUCCAAAGUCUUUUGUACUUACUAAGAACUUGUAAAACACCUCAUAAUUCAUACGAAACUGAAAUGCCACAUGUGGAAAAUGUUGCAAACCAUUUAUUGAACUUUUUAUAUAUCUCAACACGAGGUAGUUCAAACUGGAGUUAAAUAAUGCAAAUGUUAAAUAUUCAUAAUAUGUUAACACUUCUUCAUACACUAAAAGCUUCCUGCUUACUAGAAACCAUAUAAGAUUGAGCAAUGUGGUAAGUAAAGACUUUGGAAUCAUUCACACAAUCAUGCCAAAAGUAGAGCUGUCAGAUUGUGUGUUCUCUGGAUUUGGGGCUGAUCUUUCCUGGGUGUGUUUUGUUUCUUCUGUUUUAGAAUAAGAAUACUUAUUCUAUACCAGUGAGUAGUAAAAUUAGUGUCUUGUUCUUAUGUUGUAAGAGCUCACACAUAAGAGAUUGCCUUGAGUCUCACGUGACACAUGGACUGUGGGCUUUCAUAGUGUUGUAAUUAUUAAAUCUUUUAUGGACCUUUCAAGUUCUAGCCUAUUUUAUUUAUGAGUUGAAAGUAAGGUUGGGGAGAAGGGAAGAAAUGUUAAGAUUAGACAUUUGUGGCUAAAGCUAGCAUGAUGACUUUGGGAACAAACUUAGUUGCUAACAAGACCUAUACCCAUGUUAGUAUUCCAAGUACCCAUGGAAUACAAAGGGGUAAUUACCUCUGAAUGUUGUCCUCUGAUCUUCAUGCAUGGGCUGCCACACAUACACAUGUACAUACAUACAUACAUACAUACAUACAUACAUACAUACAUACAUACAUACAUAAAUGUGCCCAGACAAAAUCCUAAAUUACGUUUUGAAUUAUGUUUGUAUUUUAUGUAGACAGGGGUCAAGAAGUAAUGCUUGUAUCUCAGUUGUUAACUCCAUGAAUUCGAGCAUCAUGUGAGGAGCAAGCCUCUGACUAUUGAUUCUCAAUUUCUUGAUUAGUUUAAUUGACGUCAGAAGAUUGGUGAUUGUGGUUGGAAGCAUGUGCUGGAAAUGCUGCAGUGUAAGAAAAUACGUUGAUGGCAAGUAUCCAUCAAUCUCCUGCUUCCUGACUGUGUAUGGAACAUGAUGAGCUUCUUUAAGUUCCUGCUGUCAUAAGUUUCCCAUCAUGUAUUGUGGUUGGAGUAAGAAUUGCUCUAAGUGUUCAUAGAGUUGAAUGCUUAGUCAUCAGGCAGUAGCACUUCUUUGAAAGGAUAAAGAAGUGUGGCAUUGUUGGAGUAAUGUGUCAUUACGGGUUGUAUUUGAGGUUUCAAAAGCUCAGAUGUAGUGUCGCUCUCUUCUUAAUAACUAUAGAUCAAAAUGUAAGAUUCUCAGCUACUUCUUGAGCAUCAAUAUAUCUGUCUCUAUCCACCAUGUUCCCUACAAUAUGUUUUCUACAAUAAUGAUAACUUACAAAACUUUUGAAACUGUAAACAAGCCCAAUAAAUGCUUUACUUAUAAGAGUAGCCUAUUUUAUUUAUGAGAUGAAAGUAAGGUUGGGGAGAAGGGAAGAAAUGUUAAGAUUAGACAUUUGUGGCUAAAGCUAGCAUGAUGACUUGGGGAACAAACUUAACUGCCAACAAGACCAUACCCAUGUUAGUAUUCCCAGUACCUAUGAAAUACAAAGGGGAAAUUACCUCUGAAUGUUGUCCUCUGAUCUUCAUGCAUGUGCUGCCACACAUACAAAUGUACAUACAUAUAUACAUACAUACAUACAUACAUACAUACAUACAUACAUACAUACAUACAUGUGCCCAGACAAAAUAAACCUAAAUUAUGUUUUGAAUUAUGUUUGUAUUUUAUGUAGACAGGGGUCAAGAAGUAAUGCUUGUAUCUCAGUUGUUAACUCCAUGAGCUCUAGCAUCAUGGGAGGAGCAAGGCUCUGACUAUUGAUUUGAAUUUGUUUAUUAGUUUUAUAGACGUCAGAAGAUCUGGUGAUUGUGGUUGGAGUGGCCCACAAUUUUUGCAUGAUCUGUGAUAGGGAAUCUCAAUGAGGAAAGAUCCCAAUAAGACUUCAUCUCAGGAUUGCUUCUUGCAGCUGACAAGCCUGUCCUUUCAUUAUUAAAUUGAUAUAAUAAUCCUGAACAUCUAGCCCACCCUACUGAGCAGAUUUUCUACAGGUCAAUAAAAAGGCAAACUUUCAAAAAUUAAUUCUGUUGAAACAAUAAUUUUACAGAAUUUCUGAUUUGAUUCAAAUAAUCAUUGGAAGAAAGGUUUUUUUGUUUGUUUGUUUUUGUUGUUGGUUUUUGGUUUUUUGAGACAGGGUUUCUCUGUGUAGCCCUGGCUGUCCUGGAACUCACUCUGUAGACCAGGCUGGCCUCCAACUCCUGCCUCUGCCUCCCAAGUGCUGGGAUUAAAGACGUGCACCACCACUGUCCAGUCAGAAGAAAGUUUUAAGAGACAGUUUUAGUUGUUUUGCUAGAAAGAUAAUAAAGUUAGACUGAAGAAUAGAAUGUACCCACUCCUCAUAAUAAUAAUUAAAUGCUGCAUAAUUAGGAAUAAAAUGAGCUUUCAUGGUUACACUAAAAAGAGAAAUUGGCUUGUGAAAUUUUUUGUUCAAGAAAAAAAAUUCAAGUCCAAGAAUAAAGCCACAGGUGUGCUGUUGCAUGUAAUAAUUAAAAAUCAAUCCACGCUAUCGCUGCUAUGCUCUGGCUGUGGUGGUCUCCCCGCCCCCAUGUCUAUCCCCACAAGCCUGCCUCCAAACCUGCUCACAUUCCCAGUCAUCUGCUCCCUGUGGCUAGCUGUCACAAUUCCCUUAACCCAGUAAAAUCAAAACUCUAGAGGCUUGUAAAUUAUCAGUCAGAUUUAUAACAGUAAAAUUUCAACCCAUAAAACGUCUACACAGUCAGCUCAGAGCCACUUGAUAUUGAUACAAGCUGCCCAUCUAGAUUGGACAAAUUGCCCUAUUUUAUUCUAUGCUCUUUUAUGAUAUUCAUAGCUACCUGUGGCUAUUUCAAGCCAUACGGAUCUGGUUGGUCCUCUUCCUCCAUCUUCUCUGUCCUUCUUCUGUCUAUCCCCUGCCCUCUCUCUCUCUGAAACUCUUAGCCCCUCCUUCCUAUUUCAUUGCCCAUUCACAGACUCUAGCCUUAUAUUUCACUGGCCCUCACCUGCAUAUCAACAGCAAUCCAUAGUGUGCUCUAUCAAAAAGCAAGACCAUAUGAAACUGUUGCUUUCCAAUUAUAAUGAGCAUAUACAAUGAAACACUGCUUUAAACUUGUUAUUGACAGUGUUCUGUAACUCCCAUUUUGUGUAACAUUUGAUCUACAAUGCAAUUUUCUAAAGAAUUUUUUGUCUAAGAAGGUAUUAAAGGGCCAAAAUAAAAAAAGCAAAAUUUAGUAGCUUGAGGGUAGGAGCUCUGCCUAUUCCAUCCAUCUAAAUGUUGUGAUGUAGCCAUUAUCUAGAAAUAAGAACAAAGAAGGAAUGCUGGCUCUACUGAGGCCCUCCACGACCCUGCCUUUGUUGCCCAGGUAAGUCAGGGCGUGGUCAAGUAUUUAGAGGUCAAAUGAAAAUUACAUUGUGUGGACAGACCUCAGAGCUCAGGACAGAUAGAAAGAAUUAAUAGAACUCUAAAAGAGACCUUGACAAAAUUAACCAUGAAGACUGGUGCAGACUUGGUGCUCCUUCCCCUUGCCCCAUUUGGAACUGGAAAUACUCCCUCUUGAUUCAGUCUUACUCUUUUUGAGAUCCUUUAUGGGGCUCCCAUGUCCAUCACUGUCUAAAAAUGAUGUGUUUGAACCCAUAUUUUGUUGUAAUAAUGAUCUGUAUGCUAAGUUAAAAGACUUGCAGAGAAACCGGGCGUGGUGGCGCACGCCUUUAAUCCCAGCACUCGGGAGGCAGAGGCAGGCGGAUUUCUGAGUUCGAGGCCAGUCUGAUCUACAAAGUGAGUCCCAGGACAGCCAGGGCUACACAGAGAAACCCUGUCUCGAAAAAACCAAAAAAAAAAAAAAAAAAAAAAAAAAAGCUUGCUGGUGGUGCAGAAAGAAGUCUGGUCACAACUGGGUACAGCAAACGAGCUGGGUACCCCAAAGAUAUCUCACCAGUUCUAGUCGAAGAUCUGAUCUACCUGCACCUGCAUCACGCCCAGACCCUCAAGCCUCGCUGAAAGGGUGCUGCAGACCCUCUGGGCCCCUUUGUCUGUGUGGAAUGGGUCUCUAGUGGACAAAGUGUCAGAUGAAUUGACAAACAGAUGCACACAGGAGAGGUUGUGUUGGAUCUGAAUGUAAUGUCAAAUCGAGCAUCAGACUUUUUAUGCAGAAGACAAUAAGGAAGUUGGGUGACAUAUUCACAAGGUACAAAUGAGGUAACCAGAAUCUUACAUAAAACAGAGGAAUGCAAACACAAAAGGUCUAAUGGGAACCACCCGGGAUAGAAUUCAUUGUUAACAACUGGGUUCAAAAAGGGCUCCACCUAAGAUUCGUUUAAUCUUAGAAGCCAGGGUCAAGGGCUUCGUGCCCUUGCCAUAGUUCCUAUGUUAGUCUAUUGUAUAGUCUACCUUCCCCUUAGGCCAUUGUAAAUAUGUGUGUAUGGGUGUAACUCAGCUAUAGUCUUAGAAGCCAGGUGUGAGGUCUUUACUCUCCUAGGACAAGGGCUUUCACACCCAAGUCAUGGUUCUAACUAGGGAGUUCCGUUCUAGUUAACCAUUUCAUGAAUAAUGCAAUACUCUAAAACCACAGCCCGAUCUAGUUCCUAAACCAUUGUAAAUUCCUGUAUAUGGGAGCCACUUGGCUUUUAUUGAUAGUGUAAUACCAGAGGCUAUUCUAAAUGUCACUGUCUAGCUCAAGGACAUUCUAGGAAUGUUGGAACACUGGCAGAAGCCUUUAGCUAUGUCAGAAUUCAAUCUUAAAAGGCACUUAUAAUAAAGAGAGCACAUGGAUCCAUCCACUAGACUAAGGCGGGAAUGGAAAAUUUAGAGAGCACGCCAAACUCCAGGAGCGAGUUUCCAUGAAACUCUUUUGCCUCGAGAGUAGCUUUCAAGCCUCUCGGCUUAUCAAGCUGACUCGACCAGAGCGCGUGGCAAAAGGGUCCCUGCCUAGUCCUGUUUCCUACCCCUUCUUAUCCUGUUUUUGUUCUUAACCUUUGGCCCAUGUAUCCUUAAUUGUAGAGUAGAAGUUAAUAUACUUAGACAACAAUAUCAGUAACUGUAACAAAAGUGAGAUAUCAUUUCAGGAUUGAAAUGUACCUGGGAAAAGGGGGGUGGGAAUGUAAUAUCCAAAAUGAAUUCAAGACCACCCAAUACCUUCCCCCUUCGAAAAGAACUUUCCAAACUGUACUAGCAGGCAAAGUGCAGAUCCAAAUAAGGAAGCUGAGUAAACAAAUGUAAAAACAUAGUUUUAGCGGUCAAAAUUAUUAAGCCUGCAGCUACCAAAAUAAUAUUAGCUGUUCUCAAAGAAAUAGCCAUAACAAGAUUAGCAAUUCUACUGUCUCCUCCCUUCUGACAUGGGUUAAAUGUUAUCCAUAUGCUCUGCUGACACAGAUAAGCACCUGCGCCCUUCAGAAUUGCUGUUACCUUGAUCUGCACGUACAAUUUGCUGAUGUUUAUACUGUCCAAUUGUGUGUAACUGCACCAAUUUCCCCUAUCCCCCGACUUUUUUCCUAUAUAAACACCUAACUUUUGAGCCUCAGGGUCGACUCCUCUGUUUCCUGCUAGAGAUAUAUGUCAGCUGAAGCUCUGUCAUUAAACUGCCUUGUGUGUUUGCAUCA